AUGGGGCUCGAGCUCCAUACUGCGUACAUCCAGAGGCGGUUACCAAGUUCAAGACCAUUCUCUUGCGGAUACAGUCAGCCAAGUUUCGCGCCACCCCUCCCCCCCUGGACCCUCGCUCUUCAUUGCGACAUGGGGAAGCCGGCUCUUGGAUUUGCGAAAGACUGGGGUCCCAGGGUCCAGGGGGGUGGUGCAAGUGAAAGUGAGGAAGUUUACAGAAGUAAUACCUUGCGGAUGCAACCUAGUAAUAGCUCACUGCCCAAAGUGCGCGCGGGAGAAAAAGGAUUUCUGGGUUGUGAAUAUGGCGGCUUGCGAAACCUACUUAGUGGCUUGCUCGUCCUCCCUACUCUUUUCCUGCUUCUCCUCCUCCUUCAGCUUAAAUUGUUCGAAACUUGUUUCUCUUUCCACAUUCUUUUCGAAAGAAACAGUCCAGACAGUCUGUUGACAGUCACUUUCCUUCUUUUUCUUCAACCUUUGAUGAUCUGUGAUCUGUUCCAUUCUUUCUUCCAAGAAGCCCUCUUUGCUCCGUUCCAAACCAAACCUCGUCUCGACGACCAAACACACCAAAACUUACAAACCGAACUCACCCGAGACAUCUCACGAUCGACUUGCCAAUACUACCCCAAAGAUCACUCUCAACCUACAACGCAUCAAUCUACUCAUCCCUCAAAUAAAACGAACUCCGAAACGAAACUCUUCUUCCAGUCAUCCCAUAUCCACGACUGA